UAACAGAUAACACGGUAGUACCGGCUAUUGAUAAACGAAUGAUAAAUUUUGACGAAUGCUUGUAAGUAAGUUAAGACUGUCCACGGUCUUAUAUAAGACUGUGAGACUGUCUUAAGUCUAACUUAGUUUACUUAUUCAGCUAAUAACAUAUAAAGCAUUCUGUUGUUUUAAUUUUUUUACGUUUUUUAUAAAAAUACGACAUGGAAGUCGUAGACGAGUCUGUUCCCACAAAAAAUCCAUCUGGAAAAUUUAUUGGCAUUGGUCAAAAGAAAAUUAUUGUUAGUCUGUACAAAGAUUUACUUAAAAAACAGUAUGAAAAUCCUGAUAGGCCCCGGUUGAACUUUAAACAAAUGAUCUUCGAAAUUUCAAAAUUGUCAGGUAUUGGACAACGUACAAUACAAACCACUUUGUCUGAGUAUAAAAAUCAUGGUACAUUUUCAUCGCCAAACAUGACAAAAAAUAGACCUACAAUACUUCAUAAAAUCGACGAGUCUGAAAAAAAUGCAAUCAGGAAGAAAAUACAUGAUUUUUGGAGGAACCGUGAAAUACCAACGAUUACUAAAAUGUUAACUGCCAUUAACGAGGAUCGAACAUUGCCAAAUAUUAAACGGUCGUCAUUUCAGAAAGUGUUAAAAGAUUUGCAAUUUGAAUACGUGAAAAAGAACCGUAACAGUGCACUUCUCGAAAGAGAAGAUUUAAUAACUUGGCGCCGAAGUUAUUUAGACAAAAUAAGGUAUUACAGAAUGCAAAACAGACCAAUAUACUAUUUGGACGAGACGUGGGUCGAUACGACGGUGAACUCAUCGCGUGAAGCAUUUGUUCAAGACCUAUCAGGACAAAAGAAAGCCUCCGGGAAAGGUAAGUUUCUUAUCGUUUUACACAUUGGGUCAACAGAUGGCUUUGUCCCGGGGGGCCUUUUAUGUUUCGAAUCCAAAACAAAUUUAACAGACUACCAUAAUGAGAUGAAUGGAGAUACAUUUUAUGAGUGGUUUGUACGAAUAUUGUCAUUAAUAAAAGAAAACGCCGUCAUUGUGAUGGACAAUGCAUCCUAUCACUCCGUGAAGAAAUGCCAAAUACCAACCAUGUCUUGGAAAAAACAGAAUAUUAUAGAUUGGCUUGAGAGCAAAGGGGAGAUCGUUACCCAUCCGGUAGUUAAAAAUGAUUUAUUAAAAAAAGUGAGAAAACUAAAAAAACAAUAUGACAAAUACGUGAUAGACGAAUAUGCUAAAGAUAACCAAAAACUCGUAUUGCGAUUGCCGCCAUACCAUUGCGAGCUAAAUCCAAUUGAGCUCGCGUGGGACUCUGUUAAAAGUUAUGUUCGGAUGCACAACACAACUUUCAAAGUAAAGGACGUACUUGAAUUAAUAAAAAAGGGGGUGAAAAAUGUAACACCAGAAAUGUGGACUAAUUUUGUCGGACAUGUGAUAAAAGAGGAAGAUAAGAUUUGGAAUAUUGAGAAUUUAACCGAUGAAAUAUUGGACAAAGAACCCAAUGAAGGGGUACGUCAUAAUAUCGAUAAAGGAGAAAUAUGUGAUACAAGUUCUUCAAAUUUAGAUUCCGAUUAAUUUCUUGUUAAUAAAUUCUUUUUUGUACCUACCGAUAUUUUUGUAUUAAAUUUUUUUUUUUUUUGUUUGGUAUAAUUUUAACGAUUUUUUUUUACUAAAUGCAUACUAAAAUGUGUAUUAUGCAAUGUACAAUUGCUUAUUUUUGUUAAAAUAAAUAAAUAAUUGCAUAAAUAAAAUAUUGAUGUUACAUAUAUAAUAUUA